AAGAAAAGAGGCUACAUCUGGGCAAUUUCUGCUGGGAUCAAUGCAGCUCUUGCCGCAAUCUCCGCAAAGUUCUUCUCAUCUCUGGUGAUUAAGUAUGGAUUAGUUGUACUCUGCAAUGUGGUUAUGUGGGGAUGUUAUGUAAACAGCUUAAGAGCUCUCUCAUCGUUACAAGCUACGGUCACAAACUUUGCUGCUAAUUUCCUCUCUUCCGGUUUAGCUGGACUCUUUCUGUUUCAAGAAUCCUUACCAUUCCGUUGGUUUGCGGGAGCUUUAUCGAUCACCAUUGGAGUUGUUAUCCUCAGUAAGUCAAGUGUUGAUAAGAAGCUGUCACGAAGAUGCUGACUUUGACUCGAUUAGAGGAACACAUUCACAAACACAAAGGUAUAUUUAUAAACUCAAAAGAUCAUGUCACAAAUACGUGAAAACCAUUUUGUCUGUCUCCAUCAAACAUCCUAAAUUGAAAAAUCAAAUCUACUUACUUUAAUUCUUUGGUUUAAGUCGCAUUUUAGUUUAAGAUCCUCGCAUCUAUAACACAUGAAUAAUGAUGCUGAACCACAUGUCAAAAUCUUAGGACAGAGACAGAACCAACAAACAUGUAAGUCACUACUUUCUCCACGCGGCCAUGAACGUGCUUCCCAUUUUCUUUAUUUUUUUCCCUACUACUUAUAUCUCUAUCAUCUGCAUGUUUUUUUACCCGGAAAAUUAACAAACCUCAUCUCUCAGAAAUCAUAAUCUCACCUUUUUGUUUUCGUUGACAAAUCAACUAUGCCUCCUCCGGCAAUGAUUGCGUUUGAUGAUAGUUUACCCGAGAAAUAUACCGAUAACGAGUGGAAGGGCUUCACGGUUUUCCCUGGAGAAAGCCAUAACCCUAACCCUAAUUUCACUUUCUUGGUGAAGAAGUCAGCUCCACAGAGCGAAAAAUCAACCAGUCCUAUUUUCCCCCGUUCUUCGACAAAAGACGACAGCUUCAGAAUGGUAUUGCCUCCGGCGUUGCCACCGCCUAGAGACGCCGCCGUUCCGCUUCCUAUGCUCCCGGAGCCGAGGAGAGUCGGGAAGAAACUUAGCCACCAAGAAUCAAUCCAUUUUAUGAGGAAAUCUCGUUACUCGGAGAAAAUCCUCUACAAGGAAGAAGAUUUCAAAUGUAACGCCUUCUGCUUGUCUCUACCAGGAUUCGGGAAACAAAAGCCGGUUAGAUCAUCUUCGAGACGCCAAGAUUCAAUGGAGAAGAAGAUGAUCAGAGCGUCUUCCUUCACGAACUCCACUGUUUCGAUACGCGCCUCGCUCGAGAAAUUCGAAUGCGGUUCUUGGGCAUCGACGACGGCUCUGACGCAAGACAACGGUCGGUUUUUUUCCGAUUUUCCUGUCGAAAUGAUGAAGUGCAACAGUCGUGGAGGCGGACACGGAGGAAGAGAUGUGCAAGAACCGGUGAGUUCUGGUUUCUUGUUCGAUAGAGAAACAGAGAGUUUGGCUCUGAGAAGCGUUUUAAAGACGAGGAGUGUAAGAUCUUCGGGUAGAGAUCACCAGAGAUCGGCUGAGAGUUCACCGCAACGCCGUGUGAGAUUUUCGACUUCUUCGUCGUCGGCUUCAGUUUCUUGCCCUACUUCACCGCGAUCUUGUAUCACUCCACGAUUGCGUAAGGCUAGGGAUGACUUUAACACCUUCUUGUCCGCUCAAAACGCUUGA